GAAAACCACCUCCCAGUAUUUGCUCACCGUUGGGAGCGAAGCCGCGCCUCCAGCCGCCUGUCGCGCAGCACCUUGAGGGCGCAGGUCAACCUUCUGCUCCUCCAUCACUUCAGCACUGACAGAAAGCGACGAUGCAGCGAGGCCCGAUACACCUGAGCUGUCUUUUCCUGUGGCUGCUUCUUGCGCAGUCCUCUGCGGAUUUACCCAUGUGCAAAGAGUCAGAUUAUCACUUUGAGUACACAGAGUGUGACGUACUUGGGUCAAGAUGGAGGGUGGCGGUUCCCAACAAAGCCGACACAUGCACGGGGCUCCCGGAUCCAGUAAAAGGCACUGAGUGCACCUUCUCCUGUAGUGAAGGGGAGUACCUCAACAUGCAGUCGCAGCAGUGCCAGAAGUGUGCUGCAGGCACCUACUCUCUGGGCACGGGAGUGGCCUUCGACGAGUGGGACAGCCUGCCGUCUGGUUUUGUUACCCGCGGGGUAAACACAAACAGUGUGGACGCUCAAACAGACUGCUCCAACUCAACCUGGACACCAAAGGGUGAUUACGUAGCCUCAAACACCGAUGAGUGCACUGCAACACUGUCCUAUGCUGUGAGCCUGAAGAAACCUGGAACUGUGUCCUUUGAAUAUUUCUACCCUGACAACAGCAUUUAUUUUGAGUUCUAUGUCCAGAAUGACCAGUGUCAGUCGACGGACUCUGCAAGCCGGUGGAUGAAGAUCUCUGAGAGCAGCUGGAGCAAAUACAGGGUUGGGCUGAACAGUGGCAACAAUGUGCUAUACUGGAGAACCACUACGUAUGCUCUGCAGGGCAGCGCUGUCAAACCUGUUAUAUUAAGAAACAUUGCCAUCUCAGGGGUGGCCUACACAUCAGAGUGUUUCCAUUGUAAACCAGGCACCCACAGUGCAAAACCAGGAUCUGCCCGCUGUACCCCCUGCCCUGCUGACACAUACUCCAAUAAGGGUGCCACUGUUUGCCUUCAGUGUGACUUUGACAAAUAUGCAGAGGCGGGUUCAGGGAGCUGUAAACCAAGACCUGCAUGUACUAACAGUGACUACUUCUACACCCACACUCCCUGUGACUCUGAGGGAAAGACUCAGCUUAUGUACAAGUGGAUCGAGCCUAAGAUCUGCAGUGAGACUGUUAAGGGAGCUGUGAAGCUGCCUGCUUCAGGGGAGAAGCAAACCUGUCCUCCAUGUAACCCGGGUUUCUUUUUCACAAACUCUUCCUCCUGUGAACCCUGUGAUAAAGGUUUCUACUCAAAUGGAACAGCCUGUACCAAGUGCCCUGUUGGCACGGAGCCAGUGGUGAGUUUCGAAUACAAAUGGUGGACUACAAUGCCAAACAACAUGAAGAGCUCCAUCUUCCGUCGAGAGUUCAGACACUCCGAACAGAGCACGGCAUGGGAGGUGGCUGGGGAAUAUGUCUACACCACCCCCGGUGAUCAGGACACAGACUACCUGAUGUUGACGCUCAGUGUCCCUGGAUACAGGCUGCCUCAGUCAAUGGCCGAAGACAGCGAAAGGAGCGAACUCUCUCAAAUCACCUUCGUCUUUGAGACCAAGUGUACAGCAAACUGCAAAUUUUACUUCCUGGCGGGUUAUAAUAAGUGGAAUAAUGAUGUGGUGGAGCAGUGGACAGGCAGCAAUGGGAAACAGUCGUAUUCCUACCUGAUUCAGAGGAACAGCACCACCAGCUUCACCUGGACAUUUCAACGAACAGAGGAAUUUAACGCGGAGAGGAAAUAUAGCAGCGAUGUAGCAAAGAUCUACUCCAUCCACAUCACCAAUGUGAUUGGGGGUGUGGCCUCGCAGUGUCGCCACUGUGCCCUGACCUCUGCUAACGUAGGCUCCACCUGUGUUCCCUGUCCAACGGGACACUACAUGGUCAACGAGACAGGCGUUUGUGAGAGCUGCCCAACAAACACCAUCAUCAGGGCUGAUCAGCCUGUUGGAAAGGCCGCUUGUGUUCCAUGUGGACCACAUACACAGAGAAACAAGGCCUACACAGCUUGUCUCAGUGACUGUGUGCUGGAUGUGCAGACGAGAAACGGAGGGCUGCUGCACUAUGACUUCUCUCCUCUGGCCAACAUCACCAGCUUCCACAGCAGCCCCCGCUUCACCAGCAAAGGCCUGAGAUAUUUCCAUCGCUUUAAUCUGGGCCUAUGUGGAAAAGAGGGAAGAGCACAGGCUACCUGUGCGGGCAACAUAACAGAGGGCGGGAGAGAGGUCAAAGGUUACGUUUGUCAGUCCACCGUAGUCCCCUCUGACAUCAGGAGUCAGAGUGUGGUGUCCACACAGCCUUUCAUUAUUGGUGACUCACUCAUCGGUGUGACCACUGACACUACACUGGGUAGCAUCUCUUCUCCAGACUGGCUGUUUCCAUCUGCAUCCCACCUGCCGGAUGUAAUAUUCUAUUACAAGUCCAGUGAGACAACUCAAGCUUGUAAACAGGGCAGGUCAGCUACCAUCAGACUGAGAUGUAAUCCCACAAUGACAGCUAAAGACUUCAUUACGCUGCCAAGUAACUGUUCUGAGGGGACGUGUGAUGGUUGUACUUUCCACUUUCUCUGGGAGAGCCAGCAUGCGUGUCCACUCUGCACCAAAAACCACUACAGGGAGAUUGUCAGCGCUUGCAUCCAGGGAAUACAGAGAACCACCUAUGUAUGGCAGCAGCCGUUGCUGUGUUACGGAGGAGAGUCACUACCAGCACAAAAAGUCACUGCUUGUGUGACUCUGGAUUUCUGGCUCAAGUUCGGCGUUUCCACGGGAACGAUUGCUGCUGUGCUGCUCAUCAGUAUCAGCUGCUAUUUCUGGAAGAAGACACGCAAGCUGCAGUAUAAGUACUCCAAACUGAUUAUGAACUCCGGGGGUAAAGAGUGUGAGUUGCCCACUGCAGACAGCUGUGCAAUCAUGGAGGGAGAGGACGCAGAGGAUGACAUCAUGUACCUCAACAGGAAAUCCUUCUUCACCAAAAUUAAGUCAUUCUCACGAGAAAGGACAUCAGAUGGAUUUGACUCUGUUCCACUGAAGUCAUCAUCUUCACACCAGCAAAGGGAGGAUGAAGACUCUGAUGAUGCUUAAUUCUGGAGCUGAACAGAUCCUUCUACCAAAGCACAGAGGAAAUGCUAAAUUUUAGAUAAAUGGUUUGACGUCAGUGUAGCUCCAACAGGAGUCACAGAUAAACUGUUGAGUUUAUUUUAUUUAUUAUAUAUGUUAGGCUGCCAAACCUAAUACAAAAUCUCCAUUUCUCCAUUUUCGAAGCCUUAUAGUGUAUUUCAAAUUUAUAUAAGGACCAAACUCUGGAUAAAGUUACAGUUGUCCUAGAUGUGAGACUGUGUACAUUUGACGUAACACUGAGUGUGAAUUUUAUUUUUUGUGUUUGCAUUAGUUUUUUCUGUUUUUUUCUGCUAACAUGUUUUUGUUUUUGUUAUAUACCAGUCAUCCAGUUCAGUCUUAUAUUAUCUGACAAUAUUUAUAUUUGCAAUGGCGGUGAAAAUGUUUCCUGUUGCACAUAAGAUUAUAAGUAAAUUCAUUUUCUACAGUAAAAUGUGCAUUUCUAUGAAUUAAGAAUGACCUCUAACGCUGCCUUCAAGUGCUUUUGUGGAAAUCAUAUUACAGAGCCUGAUAUCACCUUACGUAUAUAAUACCUUUAAUACUUUUCUGUUACCACUUUAUAUGUUUAUAUGUAUUUUCAUGUGCUUUUGAUUGAAAAAAAUAAUUUCAUAUCAAAAAGGUAAUUUUGUGGUUGUUGAAUUAAUUAAGAAAAGUUCACAUGAACUGAAUUUUAAAUUGCACCUAUGUUUAAAAUAUUUUACUAAAGAUUGCUGGAUAUACAUGUCGUGACACCUUACAGGGUUAAACAGUGCAAAAAUGGAAGAAGAGGACACAGAACAAAAUCGUGUAGGUCUAUCUCAACAUGAAAUCCUUUCUCAACAAAUGUAUGAUAAUAAACAACAUGCAUCUCUUUCAUGCAAGUACUGCACUGAAGCACUUCCACUGUCUGCUAUUUUAUACAUCUACUUCACUGGCAUUCAGGAUUAAAUGUACUUUUUACAGUUUUUAUGUUUAUCUGACAGCUAAAAAUACUAGUUAAUUUUCAGAGUAACAAUUUACACACAAAAUGGGUGAUCAUCCUGUAAAAUGAGAUGUAUUGUUAUGUUGUAGAAUAACUAUCCAACAGUACAUAAAGGUAAGAAUAAAGUAUAAAAUGAACUUCA